UCCCGGAAGUAUCGCGAUGUUGCGUCUCUAGGUUUAGAAACUGCUAGUACACUGCUUAAUAUCUAUGGUGGAAAACGCUAUAUUUUCGAAAUGGCAUAUCACGAGUUCAAGUUUGAGGACCAAAUAACAAAAUACAUUCGAGAACAAGAAUUGGAAACGUCACUGAAAUUCAUAACAUUGAGAAAGGACAAAAGUUUUGGGCAAAAGGAUGCACAGCCUUUGGCACGGAAAAAACUCAGCUGGGAGAGUAAAAGUAUCCCAUUCAAUGGUGUUCCGUUUCAAGUUGUUGGCACAAAGACGUAUGAAUGCCACCAGGGCAAAGACAGACAGACAAAAGCCAAAGAGAAAUAUGCUGCUGAAAGAGACAAGAAGGAACUUGAAGACCAUACCUUUCUACAGAAACGGAAACUGGUACAAAAUACCAAAAAGGUGGACUGCAAGGCUAUAAUCAACAUCGCCCACGUUAUUCGCUUUCCUGAUUUUAAGAUUGAGGAAAGUACAGUGUGCUCUAAAAAGGAGGCCUCCCAAACUCUGAAGGCAGCACUAAGUGAAACACCCAGCUCCGUGAAGGCAGAGGUUGUCUACUGCGUCAGGUUCCCCUCCCUCUCUGAGCACAGCUCACAUGCAGUUGUUGGCGAGGCAGCUUAUGUUCGGGAAGCUGUAGAUGCCAGGCUGAGAGAGAAGAUAGAGCAGCUGACUCUGUCUGGUGUGAGAAAGAUGACUGAAAUGAAGUGUCAUCUGAACACCUUUGUAGUGGAAGAGCUUUUCCAUGGAGAGCAGCCCCCUCCACCUACUCGCAGGCGCUAUUACCCCACUGACAGUGACAUAAGAAAUGUCAUGUUUAAGACCAAGCAGGCCACCAGAGACUCCAACAUUGACCGUCCAUACGAAGGUCCAUCUGUAAGAGGAAAGAAGAGGUCCUCUAGGAAGCUGCUGCGGUUACGGAGGCAAUGUGCAGGAUAUCUUAAAGAGAUCACAGAACUCACUUAUCAUCUCCAAGAGGAACAGUACGUGACUGACCUGUCUUCACAGCUCAGAAGCGUGUUGCUGGAUAUGAAGGCCCAUGUUCCACAGGAUAAAGGCCUUCCACUGACCUUUUCUCCAAGGAAGAGAAAAGCUGAGAUGGACAUGGACCUCCUACCAACCAAGAGUGCGUCACACCCUUUCACAGACGGGGUAGAGCAGUAUACAGAGGAUAUAUGUUCAAUGAUCUUCAUAGAGAUAUCUGAUGGAACGGGUUGUCCAGGGAUAUCUGAUGAAACGGGUUGUCCAGGGAUAUCUGAUGAAACGGGUGGUCCGGGCCCCAGGGAUAUCUGAUGGAACGGGUGGUCCAGGCCCCAGGGAUAUCUGAUGAAACGGGUAGUCCAGGCCCCAGGGAUAUCUGAUGAAACGGGUGGUCCAGGCCCCAGGGAUAUCUGAUGAAACGGGUGGUCCAGGCCCCAGGGAUAUCUGAUGAAACGGGUAGUCCAGGCCCCAGGGAUAUCUGAUGAAACGGGUAGUCCAGGCCCCAGGGCAUAGCGUGUACCUUAGCUGUAGGUGUUUCCAGAAGUACAGUGUAUCUGUGUGGACCGUAACAGUGUUGAAGUUUUAUCUUAAAUCAGCCAAAAAAAUCUGCCAAUUUCAAAAAGUUCUGUGAAACGGUAUUACUUGUAGAUUUUGAAAGUAAAAAUCUAAAAUCAAGAUGUCAAUUGUUUGUCUACAUGCAAUUUAAAAAAAAAAAACAAUGCAGAUAUGGGAGUAAACCUAUUUUGG